UCGAAGGAAAAAUAUACCAACAAAAUGAGGGAGUAGCCAUGGGAUCGCCUAUCUCACCAAUUAUAGCUGACAUAUUCAUGGAUUAUUGGGAGGAGAAUGCCCUUAAACCAUUCAGAUCAUCACUAAAAUGUUGGUGGAGAUAUGUAGACGACACACUAGUAAUAGUGAAAAAAAACGAUACUGAGAAACUUUUCUCACACAUAAACAAACACGUCGACUCAAUAAAAUUCACUAUGGAAUUAGAGAAUGAAAUUGGAGAACUGCCCAUGUUAGAUUGCAAACUACAAAGAAUGACAGAUGGUAGCAUAAAAACAACGAUAUAUAGAAAAGCCACACAUUCUGGAAGAUUCCUUGAUUAUUACUCAGCUCAUCCACUCUCGGUAAAACGAGGAUUAAUACAAGGUCUUGCAGAUAGAAUACGUAGACUUACAACAGCACCAGAGGACCAGCGUAAAGAAAUAAAAGUCCUAUUCAAAAUGCUACUCGAAAACAACUACCCUAGAGAAUUUAUAAAAGAUAAUAUAAAAAAGAGGGUAAAACCGGAGAAUAACAAGAAGGAAGAAUGGAGAAAAACAGUCGCAAUACCAUAUAAAAAUGGUACAUCAGAGGCAAUACAAAGAAACCUCAAAAAUAUCGGCAUUCGAACAACCUUUAAACCGACAAAUCUAAUCAAAAAUAAAAUAAAUCAACUAAAAGAUCCCAUAAAAAUGAUGGAUAAAAACAAUUUGAUUUAUAAAAUAUCUUGUGCUGACUGUCCAACUAAAUAUGUGGGGCAAACGUCCAGAUCACUCAAAAUAAGAGUGAAUGAACAUAAACGCCUAACUAAAGGUCAACCAACAGGGACACAAGCUUACAAAAAUCUUGAAAAAAAUUCAUCCAUAGCUGCACAUGCAUGGGACAAAAACCACAAUAUCGAUUGGGACAAUGUGUGUAUUCUAAAAACAAACAUGAACAAAUGGAAAGAAAGACUCAUAACAGAAUCGAUAUUCAUUAAAGUCACACCGGAUACAUGUAACAAGGGUGACUCAGUACAACUAUCAACAACUUGGAAUAUAAUUCUAAACACAAACACAUGAAUGAAUGUGGAGUAUAAUUCUGAACACACAUAUGCACACACA